CGCUGCGCCGCCGCCUCGCCAGGGUUCUCACCACCUCGCCAGAAGUCGCCCCCGCAGCAAGCUGUCGAGGGAGCGCUGACCCGUGGGGAAAAUGGCAGACAGUUUUUCACUUAAUGAUGCUUUGUCUGGGUCUGGAAACCCAAACCCUCAAGGAUGGCCUGCUCCAUGGGGAAACCAGCCUGCUGGGGCAGGGGGCUACCCGGGGGCCGCCUAUCCUGGCACCUACCCUGGACAGGCGCCCCCAGGCACCUACCCUGGACAGGCGCCCCCAGGCACCUACCCUGGACAGGCUCCUCCAGGCGCCUACCCUGGACAGGUGCCUCCAGGCGCCUACCCUGGCCCCACGGCACCUGCUUAUCCUGGACCAACUGCACCAGGAACCUACCCUGGGCAACCGAGUGGGCCUGGGGCCUACCCGCCCCCUGGACAGCCAAGUGCUCCCGGAGCCUACCCUGCUGCCGGCCCCUUUGGCGCCCCUGCUGGACCACUGACUGUGCCUUAUGACCUGCCUUUGCCUGCAGGAGUCAUGCCUCGCAUGCUGAUAACAAUUCUGGGCACAGUAAAGCCCAAUGCAAACAGACUUGCUUUAGAUUUCAAGAGAGGGAAUGAUGUUGCUUUCCACUUUAACCCACGCUUCAAUGAGGACAACAAGAGAGUCAUUGUUUGCAAUACAAAGCUGGAUGAUUUAUGGGGAAAGGAAGAAAGACAAUCGACUUUCCCAUUUGAAAGUGGUAAACCAUUCAAAAUACAAGUGCUGGUUGAAUCUGACCACUUCAAGGUUGCCGUCAAUGAUGCUCACUUGUUGCAGUACAAUCAUAGGAUUAAAAAUCUCCAGGAAAUCAGCAAACUGGGAAUUUCUGGUGACAUAGAUCUCACCAGUGCUUCACACAUAAUGAUAUAAUCUUAAAGGGGAAGAUUUUUUAAAAAAUGAAAUUGAAUAUAAACCUUUACAUUUAAAUCUCAUGUUUACUGACUGAAAAAUUUUACCUUUCUUUAUUCAUGAAUGUCUUCCUUGUAAGUCAUGCAUUUAAUAAACAUUCUAAGAGUUA